AUGAGUUGCCGAGCGGAAAUGAGCAAAUUCUCCAAAUUUCAACAGGCCAAUCAACGUUUGACGGAAUCCGCCCCGCUUGAGGAUUCCACCAACGAGCAGUCUGCACUGUCUCAUGGAUCCAAAUUGGUUGCCGAGCUGAAACGGUUGGCCACCUGUCCAACCCAUGCGGCAAUCCAAUGCGAACAAUGCUUGUCACAAAUUCCCUACCAAGGAUUGCACGGGCUGCAUUUGGGUUCGACAAAAAUUCGUGAUUUGGCCCUCUCCCGAUUGAUCAGCAGUGUGCGUCUCUCAUCUAUCUGUGAUUUGCGAUUAACCGAGAACCAACUGACCCCGUCCGAUGCCGUGUUCCUGAUCCCAUUGUUGCGUUUCGGCGCCGCAUUGCGCUACCUCGACCUGAGCCGAAAUCGUAUCGGAGUAAGUGCCGUACUCACGAUAGGUGUGGUUGUCCCUAAACUGAUGUUUUUUCAUCUGCACAGGAUGUAG